AUGUCCUGGAACGCGUACACUGACAAUAUCGUUGCCUCUACUCUCUUUGACAAGGCUGCCAUCUACUCCGCAGAUGGCGCUGGUGUCUGGGCCAAUACUGGCAACUUGACUUUGCAACCAGGAGAAAUACAGGCUAUUGUUUCUGGCUUUGCAGAUCCUUCCCAACUUCAAAUGAACGGUUUCCAUGUCGAAGGUGUUAAACAAUUCUGCAUCAAAGCUGAUGAGAGAUCAAUCUACGGAAAGCACGACUUGGAAGGUGUUAUGUGUGUUAAAACCAAACAAGCUAUUAUUAUUGCCCAUUAUCCAACUGGUGUUGUUGCUGGUAAUGCAGCCAAUGUUAUCGAGAAGAUGGGAGACUACUUGAUAAGCGUUGGUUACUAG